AUGAAGGAGGUUUACAACGAGUCGGAGAACCCUCUUAUCAGUACUGCGCGCAGCAUCUCCGACCGGGUCGCUGGGUUUUUCGCAGAGAACGAGACCGCGAUGGUCAUUAAGAGGUUCCGUGAGAUCGACCCGAACUUCCAGAUGGAGGCGUUUCUCCGCGAGAUGCGUGAAUAUAUGCUCCCGGAGGUUCUCGAUGCCUAUGUCAAGGGUGAUGUUGAGACACUCAAGCUUUGGCUCUCUGAUGCGCAGUACCACGUCUACGCGGCUCUCGCUCAACAAUACACCACUGCCGGUUUGAAGUCGGAUGGCCGCAUUCUGGACAUCCGUGGCGUUGAUAUUUCGCAUGCUCGCCUGCUGGAUCCUGGUGAGAUCCCUGUGUUCGUCGUCACCUGCCGGACGCAGGAAGUUCAUGUCUACCGCAACGUCAAGAGCGGUGAGCUUGCCGCAGGUAUGGAGGACAAGGUGCAACUGGUCACUUACGCCAUCGGUAUGACUCGGAUACCUGAAGAAGUCAACAACCCCGAAACCCGGGGCUGGCGCUUGAUUGAGCUGCAGAAGGCCGCUCGCGACUACAUCUAA